AUGACGAUUGGCGGAAAGGUCGUCCAUCUGGGUGAGGUGUUCGGCUACGUGGCAUUCUUGCAGAAGAAUUAUGGUUUGACGCCGGAACAACUCAAUAAAUUAGCGCAACUACCAGAGGAAUAUCUGCUUGAUUGCCUGAUCAACGGCCGUCAGCCUGAUCUGAAUUGGAUAGGCGGUCGUCCAUAUGUGCCUCCCGACAUCUACUACUUCAAAAUGGAUCGAACACCCACGAACCUUAUCGUUUGCCUCGGAAUCGCCAUGGAAAGCCACGAACCUUCAUCGUUUGCCUCGGAUCGCGUUCUUGCCAGCAUGGAAAGCCUUGAUCUCAAUACUAGCAGGUGCUCAACGGCUCGUACGCUCACACCACGCGAGUACUAUCAGAAGAUACUAUUCCAGUACUGCAAACAGAUACAACCGGACGAUCAGAUGGCCGAUAUCGAUCAA